AUGGCUGUGCCCAACUCGUACUUCGUGCCAGGCUUCGGCAUCUCAAGAGCCGUUAUUCAGAACGAGAUACGCUAUCAUUGCGGCCCGGAUGCGAUUGUUCGGCCCUACACCUUCCAGGGACGCGACGGAUUUCUGAUCACCACCAUCGGACCACCGCUGACCAAGGCACAAAUCGAUGACCUAAAGAUGUCUUCCUUGGAAUACGAGGAGAAGCAGUCUCGCAUCGCCGACGAAUCCCACGUCUUCGUAAACGCGCCCAUCCCAAUAAAUCAACGCAUAAGACGAAGUACAUGA